AUGAUUAGAAGGUUUCAUAGUUAGACUGGCAGUUGCUCGUUUGCCUCCAGACUCUUCAGAAAAAAAUGCCUCGGCCAGUCUCAGCUCAGACCCGAAAUGAAAAUGUUAUGAAACAAUGUGCCACUAGAAAAUUAGCGAUGGUAGUGGAUCCAGUAGAGAAAUUACGUCUUCUUUGUCUACAAAGAGGUUCUAAAGGUAUUCUCGGUAUGGGCAGGGUGUUUCGAAGAAUGGAUGAUAACCGCAGUGGUGAUUUGAAUGAGGAAGAGUUUAAGAAAGGUUUAAUGGAAACGGGAAUGGGUAGUAGUCUUUCACCAGAAGAGAUAGAAGAAUUAUUCAAACAAUUCGACUGUGAUGGAUCAGGAAGUCUUAAUUAUGAAGAAUUCAUUCGCAGUGUCAGACCCAGAAUGUCUCCUCAAAGAUUGGCGCUGGUGGAGAAAGCAUUUGCUAAAUUAGAUAAAACGGGAGAUGGAAAAAUUACAUUUGAAGACUUACAAGGUGUAUAUAAUGUGAAAAAUCAUCCACAAUAUUUGAACGGACAAAUAACAGAAAAGGAUCUGCUUAGAAAAUUCCUGGCAAAUUUUGAAGAAGGGGGAGUGAUAGACGGCACAGUGACUAAAGAAGAGUUUAUAAAUUACUAUACAGGAGUCAGCGCAUCAAUCGACGACGAUGCUUAUUUUGAUUUGAUGAUGAGAACAUCUUGGAAGUUAUGAAUUCGUGAAUUAUGAUUCAUCGAUGAAUACAGUUCCUCUUUGUCCGUUCUUUGUACGCAAGAUGUUUAUAACUUUUACUUUCUAGUAAAGACUAUCUCCAAUAACUGAAAGUUACAGCUUUGUUUUAAUGAUUAACAUUUUAUCUGCAUUAUUGAUUAUGUAGUAUCUAUGGAGUACCAAAUAAAAGCCGAUCAAUUUUUCAGAUAAAUCGAAUUCAUCCAGAAAAUUCGAGUAAUAAAGCAUUUAUUUCUAGAUUUGUUUAGGAGAAAAGCGAAGCCAAGCAACAAAAAGAAUGAUAACCCUUGGCUAGAAAAUGUAGGCUACUUUUAAGCAAUUGAAUAUAUCUUUUUUAAUGAUAUACUGCUGCCAAAUUCAAUUAAAGGAAGUUAUUUAAAAUACAGUAUAUGUAUAACGAAAUUUUUAUAUAUUCUAUCAUAUAUUGAAAAAUUUCAAUUUUUGAUUGAAUAUCUAUCCAAUCAUUGAGUGAAAUUUGUUAAAAACUUCUGAUAUUCAAAAAUUAUAAAUUACGAUCGGAUAUCAAAAAAUAUAAAUUCAUAUUUUCAUCUCUGUAUGAUAUUGUCACAUAUAAAUUUCAUUUUCUGCUUAAACGUUUUUUCUUUUAUUAACAGAAAACGUGUUUGUUUGCAGUACGCACAUCAAAUUCCUUUUUUUAAACAUUAAAGUGAUUGUUUCAUUUGCUGUAUAUUUUAAAUACUGUAUUACCACUUUUUACUAGAAUUCAUUUUCAAUAAUUGUGAUAAUAUGUAUUUCUCGUGCCCAAUUAAUUCUUGAAUGUAUAUAUAUUUAUUCAAUAAACUGUUAAGUUAUAUAAUUGUGUAUUUUAAUAAUUUUCUGUUAUGGUGUCUAUAAUGCAGCAAUUCCAGAAAAUAAGUUCGUUGCAAACUAUUU